UCAAUAUUUUACUAGCUCUGUGAUUCAUUACAUUCGAAACAACGUUCUGACGUUCAUGAAUUAGUUCAAUUCAAUGUUCACGAACUACAUAAGGCUACAUGUUACAUUAUGUAGUUAAAUCUUUUUAAAUAAAAAUAUAUCUAUACCGGUCAAUAGUGAAUCUAAUAAUAAUUAUUAAAUAAAUUCAAAAAGUAUUAAAUUACAUACAGAAGACUUUAGUCCAAAAUAAUUUAUUGUAAUUUUACUAACUGUGACGUAAAAAAAAUACUACAAAUCCAUGCAAAACCUGUCUACAUUUGUGUAACACAAAUAUUUGAAAUUUACCUCAUAAAAAUAACUGUAGAUUAUAUGAGACUUCACAAAAUUUACUGCCAUAGCCAUUGCCAUCGUUCAUAGCACGUUAAUUCGCCUUAGCCGGGUGCUAAGGAGGCCAAUGUCGAAGACUCAAGAUUUCGCUUGUGGUUUUCACGAAAAUGAAAGUAUUACAAAUGAGAAGCUUAUCUAUCCAGCUGCAUCAAGAAACAAAGAAUCUAUACUACAAGUCCUCAAGAGAUUCCUAAUUACUGACACAGAAAAUGAUGAUGAAGAAAAUCCUCUCUUUGUAGAGAUAGCAUCAGGCUCUGGACAACAUGUGGCACAUUUUGCACCACAUUUUCCAAACUUCAAAUUUCAGCCAACGGAAGUAGACAGUGCUCUAUUAGGAAGUAUCUCAUACUAUGCCAAACACUGUCCCACAAAAAACAUUUUACCCCCGCUACACUUGGACAUUUGUAAUAGUUUAUCUCAGUAUGGGUUUAAAGAAGAAAGUAUAGACUACAUUUACAAUGCUAAUAUGAUUCACAUAACUCCUUUUGAAUGCACUAUAAGGUUGUUUGAGAAUGCAGGCCAAUACUUGAAACGUGAUGCAUUCAUGAUCACAUAUGGUCCUUAUGCUAAAGAUGGAAGAUUGUCACCAGACAGUAAUAUUCGGUUUGAUGCUACUCUCAGAGAUAUUGAUCCUUCAUAUGGUGUACGUGACAUAAAUGAUCUGACUAAAUUAGGAGAGAAAAAUAAUUUAUCCCUUAUUGAUACUAUUGAAAUGCCUUCAAAUAAUAAGACAUUAAUAUGGAAAAAAAAUUAAGUAGUUCCCUGCUUUUUAAAUAUACAUUAUCCAUGUAACCUAAGUACCUAAUAGUAUUAUCCUGGCUAGGUAAUGUAACAAACCGAGAAAAACUUGUAAUUUAAAAUGUCUGCUUCCAGUUACUUAAUUCAGAACUAUUAAUUAAACUAUAAUGUUAUGUGGCACUCAUACACUAUAUAAAAAAUGUACCCUGCUACAAAAAAUAUUAACAUCUAGAAUAAAUUACAAAAAAAUAUUGUUAGAAAGGAAAUUUAAACCCAAAGUGAGGUUUAUCAAUUUUUUAAGUAUGUUGUCAUAUCCAAAUAUUUAAGUAACCACUAACCAUUUCUGAUAAGGCACAUUUGCUCCCUCUACUGUAUAAUUCCAGAAAAUAUCUCAAAAACCUACUCAGUAUUUUAGACUUUAUAUGUAUAUUCUCAUAGACUGAAUUUACUUUACAAAAUACUCUAUUUAUUAUAGAAUAAAGAUCAUAAAUAAUGACACACUGAAAGUGACUGCAUAUAAUAAUAUAGCACUAAACUGGAAAUUAACAUAAGUAGAAAUCAUUUCAGAUUAACAAUUUUAUUUUAUGUUUAUAUGCGCUAUACGGUGCGUUCGGCUAAUUUCGUGUUGCAGGAGUCUCGUAAAUAUUUUUUCCAAUAAAAUAU